CCUGAUAACAACAUUUGUACGUCGAAGUUUCUUGAACUUUAGUAAUAUUUACAAUUUAUUUACUCUUUACGAUAUUUAGCGAGAGUUGGAUUACUUUUACAGCGGCAGAAUUCAAAUAUUUUAUAAAUAUUCGUACAGUGCGUUUAGUGGCGAACUACCAUGGCACACUAUAAAGGAGCAGCCUCCGAGGCUGGGAGGGCUAUGCAUCUCAUGAAAAAGAGAGAAAAAGCCCAGCAAGAGAUAGAACUCAGAAAGAAAAAAAUCGAGGAGGAUUUGAAAAUAGACAACAUUGAGAAUAAAUUCGCGACACAUUACGAUGCUGUUGAACAGCAACUCAAAAGUUCUACCAUUGGUCUGGUGACCCUGGAUGAGAUGAAAGCAAAACAAGAGCACAUUGUCCGUGAAAGAGAGAAAAAACUGGCACAGAAAAAAGCUGAAAAAGAAAAGGAGCGCCAAAAAGAAAUUGAGGCUAAACAAGCUCAGAAAAAUAAACAAAAGAGACAGAUACAAGCACUCUCUUUUGACUUAGACGAAGAGGAGGAAGAGGAUAGUGAAGAAUCAGCUGACUCUUCAUCAACACCAAAAGAGCAGUCUUGGAAAGAUAUUCAGGCAUUCAAAAAAGUUAAGAAGAAUCCUGAUGUGGAUACAUCUUUUUUGCCCGAUCGGGAAAGAGAAGAGGCUGAUCUAAAGCUGCGGGAGGAACUGAGAUUGGAAUGGGUGAUGACACAAGCAAGUCUCAAGGAUGAACCAAUUACUGUCACAUUCAGUUACUGGGAUGGCUCAGGACACAGGAGAAAUGUGACUUUGAAAAAGGGAAAUUCUAUUUAUCAAUUCUUACAAAGAUGUCUAGACACAUUGAGACCAGAGUUCAGUGAACUGAAAACGGUUUUGGCAGAUCAGCUCAUGUAUGUCAAAGAGGAUCUUAUACUGCCCCACCACUAUACAUUCUAUGACUUUAUUGUUACAAAGGCAAGGGGUAAGAGUGGCCCGCUGUUCCAAUUUGAUGCUUCAGAUGAUGUAAGACUUGUGAAUGAUGCAACGCAGGAAAAACAAGACUCUCAUGCUGGAAAAGUUCUUUUAAGAUCCUGGUAUGAGAGGAAUAAGCACAUAUUUCCUGCCUCCAGAUGGGAACCCUACGAUCCAACUAAGACUUAUUCGAAAUAUACAGUCAAGGGAAAAUAAUUUUUCCGAAUAUUUCAUACAUUGAUUGUAAGAUAUUAAAAUUUAAGACUAC